AUCUCGUCUCUUCUUCCCCAUCUCAUCUCACCUCACCUCACCUCACCCCACCCCACCCCACCCCGGCUCGCGAGAAGACCCCCACCACCUGUCCACCUCGAUCUCGAUCUCCUCCCUCUCCGCCGCCGCCGCCGCGAGUUGCCUUGCACAGACAGGUUUUUGAAGAGAUGGCGAGAUCACCAAGAGCCCGAAACCUCCAUACUCGUCGAAGUAGGUCAGCUUCUUGUGAUGUGUCAUUGGCUUCUGAGAAAAAAGAAUGGAAAAGUGCCACUUGCCCAGUUUGCUUGGAGUAUCCACAUGAUGCUGUGCUCCUACUAUGUACUUCUCACCACAAGGGCUGCCGACCUUAUAUGUGUGGUACCAACUACCAUCACUCGAACUGCCUUGAACACUUUAAAGAAGCUUAUGCCAAGGAGAAAUUGGCCUGUAGUGUUUCAGCUGAAUCUGCACUUGGCCUUUCAUUAUCCCCGAACACACGGCCAGCGAGCAAGCAGCCAUGUGCGAUGGAACUUGCAUGCCCUCUAUGUCGUGGGGAGGUUAAGGGAUGGACUGUGGUUGAACCAGCCCGUCAGUAUCUCAAUCGGAAGAGGAGAACCUGCAUGCAUGACAGCUGCUCCUUCAUUGGUUCAUAUAAGGAACUUUGCAAGCAUGUUAACUCCAAGCACCCUUCAGCAAAGCCCCGUGAAAUUGAUCCCGCAAUUGCAGAUGAGUGGAAAAAGUUUGAAUGUGAGAGAGAACGGGAGGAUGCAAUCAGCACUAUCAGGGCAAUGAACCCAGGAGCUGUGAUCAUGGGGGAUUAUGUCCUUGAGUUGAAUGGUGGCAGCAACAACCGUUUGCACUCUGAUGGAGAUGCCUUUGACUUGGAGGAAAGACUCAACUUCUUUACAUCCUUAGAUCGCACUCUGAAUGAGAGGAUUGCCUUCUACGAAUCGUCAGAUGGUAGUGUGGAUGAGGAUUUUGACUUCUUGGCGUCUUUGUUUGCCCGUGGCAGGAGAAUCUCUACUGGAGAUUCAUACAGCAGGGCUCAUAGAAGACAUAGGGAGAGGCCUAGGCGUAAUUACUCGACUGGCUCUGUUGACGCUUCUGAUAUUCAGCAUGAUUCAGUUACUGCUCAAAGGGGGCAGCGAACUGGUGCUGUUCGGGCUAUGGGCAGAACUGCACGGCAGCACCAUCCUAUGCUGGCUCAUAUAAGGUCAACACGCGGCAGCUGAGAAAUGAAAUCACUUUGGGGUUUCUUCAUGCUAUCCAUCUGCAAGGGAUGCAAAAUAACAUACUGUGGUAGCUCCUGCCUGGGUCAGGCGUCCAGCAGAUUCUUCCAUUCCUUUUAUUCCAUUGCUGAGACAGCAACAGCGGAUAUAAGGUCGGAUGGAGAUCUCUGUUAGGCAGAUGCCGAUGCCUGUAUGAUUUGCUCUGCAAUCUGCAUACAGCUUUAGGGCUAAAGGAGUGCUGCAUUUUCGGUGCUGCCUUGCAUGGAUUUUGUGAAUGCCCUUACCUGAGCUUUCUUUCCCUUUCUGUUGAUCAAAGCAAACUGUGCACUGGCAAUUGUUUUGGCAGCAAUUGCUGUUUCAAAGUUAGAUAUCGGUAUCAUGAACAAUUCCAGCAUACAAAUUACUGCUCAUGUUUGGUCUUUAUGUGCUUUAUGUAGCAUACAAAUUACUACUUAUGUGUUCUGGUGGAUGGCUUGGUUGAGGCGAUUUGUGAGGUUUUUAACUUGUUAGCAAUGAUCCCAUCCUCUCGUGGUCCUCUCUAUCGUGCUUCUACACUCAUUUAGCAUGGUUGUUGGUUAGCUGGUGUUCCUUGUACUGAUGAGCACGUCGUGCUCGAAGAUUGUAAUGCGCCUCAGCGAUCGAUGAAUAAUUUGUUCCCUUGCCGAAAUGGAAAAAUAGUACAGCCUUUGGCUGUUUCAGUUGUUGCUUA